AAGUGAAUCUGGUGGUCUCUUGUUAGUGAAAAGUGGAAUAGCGAGGAACCGCGUGAUUUUUCCCUCACACUGAAAAUAUCAUCGCCUAUAUAAAGAUCUGCAAUUCGUGUGUUAUUCUUAUUCUUCAAUCGUGGCUACCUUAGUGGAACGUUACCGCACCGGCACCGGCAGCAGCAUCACCAUGGACGAUACGAUCGACGAGGAAGUAAUCUCCGCCGGCGCUACCAUUACGGUGGAGUUUAGCGGUGGCGCUGAGACGCUGUUCGGUGGAAUCAAGGAACAUGUGGUCCCGCUGGAUGGGUCCAAGAUUGUGCUCCUGGAGGAAAUGCUCCGAUGGCUUCGGGACAACCUGCUCACCGGUGACCAAAACCUAUUCCUGCAGGAGAACACCGUGCGGCCUGGCAUUCUGGUCAUGAUCAACGACACCGAUUGGGAUCUGAUGGGUGAAACCGAGUACAUUCUGCAACCGGGCGAUCAUAUUCUGUUCAUUUCCACCCUCCACGGAGGUUAGACGUAGCCCGCGGGAGUCGGGAUCUGUGAUAAAAAUGAAAUAACAGUUUAAUUUGUUUUUGUAUAAGAAGUAUAAGCAAAAGGGAAGAAAGAAAGAGGACACGUUUUGACUGUUCACACAUACAUACACACAAAAAUACAAGUAUAAACACUAGAUGUUUCUUUUCUUUUUUGCUUGGUUUAGUUCAUUAACAAAAAUGAAAGCAAAGGACAUAAAUCCGUGGUGGAUCGUUCCCAUUGUGUAUGAAAUUAAUUUUGUCUGUAAGAAAAAAAAAGAAGUUGAAAAGCAGAAACAAAUUUAAUUAAGCACGUCAGUAUCGUUUUAUACAAAA